GAGACCAUCAGUGAAUUCUCAUUCCACCGGCCCUCCCCCUCUCUCUCAGCCUUUACCUUGCGAUACAUCCCUUUCCUCUAUCCGACGAACGAGCCCAAUGCCUGAUUCAGAGGCCUACGACAGCGACACCGACCGCAGUGGCGGCGACUUCAUUGUGUCAUGGGGUGCUCACAAAGACAAGCCGCUUGCAUAUUGCGACCCUGACUGGAUGAAAUGGUCUCUUGGGGAGGCAGGAGUAUGCCAGAAUUACCCCGAAUUCAUCGAACCAGCAACACAAUAUCUGCGUUACCUCUCCCGCAAUCCUGGGGUGUGCAU